AUGACGGAUCGAUCAGCAAAGGAAGGAGCGAAGGAUCAGAAACUAGGACUAGGAGAUGUACAUCUGUUAAUAUCUCCCCAGUGUACUUGCUUCAGCGAGAUGGUCACGGAAGAGCUCUUGCCGCAAUUUGAUGUUCGUAGUUCAGUUCUUGAUGAGCCUGUCCGUGCUGCUUGCCGUGGCACUUCAAAGACAUUUCCGUCUUCAGUUCUCGGUUCAGUUCGCAAGAUCGGUACCAAUUCAAAUAACCACCUAGUCCCAGUCGCUCCUUCGCAUCUCACUUACAUUGAGGUCACUCACAAUCCGCACUCAUGGUCCUCGCUCUUGAACGAAAGGGAAAGAGCAGAGGGGCCUUUGGAGGGCCGGGGCAUGUACCUCUUUACAGGAGUGAGACUGUGUCUUCCAUCUUCAAAAGCCAUUGAUGAGUGGGAAGCAAAAUCCUCAGUCCGGCACCUUUUUAGUGGUCCGACUCUGUCCCGGAGUCCCUCCGUCUAUGUACAAACUCGCAAUAACAUAAUUUUCCCCACCCCUGCAUUCAACUCAGCUGUUCCAAGACAGCCGCUUGUUUUCACGAACAAGGUUUUUGUUGUCCUUCACACUCACGCCAAUGACAAAACAAAACGUAAUGUCAAAACGACACCAACUCGAAUAUAG